CAUGCGCGUGUGAUGUUUGUGUGUGUGUGUGCGCACCGUAGCAGAUGUGAGAUGCACUCACUCGAUGCUCAGUGUAGAACAGGUGCUUGGUGCAGUCAGCCAGCCAGUCAUCCAGUGAACGAGCAUCAGAUCCAGACAGGGGCUCCACUAGCAUCACUCUGACCCAGGACAGGGCUUCACACCCUGGCCCCGCGGCUCCCAUCCUCCCCCCGGGAGGAUCUAGCUCCAGUGGAGCCACACCAGCCAGAGAGAGAAACCCCGGAUAGAUGCUCUGGAUGUGGGAUACGCUGCUCUGAGAGGCGGCUUGCCCUGGAGGACUCAGUAGGAGAUUUAUCUUUGUUUGUAGGCUUUAGUCAGAAGAUGUGCGGAUAAAAAUCUUCAGAGUGGGACUGGGUUGUACUGGCACAGCCAGGGACGAGCCACUUAUCUGGGCUAGGCUUAACUGGGAGAGUCCCUCAUCUUCUGGAUUCCCCUGGAGAGAGAGAGAGAGUGAGCAGCAGGACUUAUCUUUAUCAUCUCCUUCUCUCUGAUCUUCCAUUCUGUCCAGGGCUGCCCUUCUUUUUUCUUCUUCUCUACAUCAUUCUCUUCUUCUGUCUCUGUCAUUCUCUUCUUCUCUGACUUUAUUCUUUCUUUUCACCCCUGACUCUGUCUUUCUCUGCUCUCUGUCUCUGCGAGACAUUGUUCAUCUCAGCUUACCCCUAAUACACUAUCCAUUUGAUGCGUGUGUGUGUGUGUGUGUGUGUCAGGUCGGAUAGUAAGAUCUCACGACUGGCUCAGAGACUGAACCAGAGACCAGGAGAUGCUCUGAUUAAGGACUUCAGACCUCUGCUCUACCCGGGAACCGCUCGCACCUCGCAAAGCCUGGACAGGUCCCUCCCCCUCAGUAUGACUCAGCAGAUGCAGAGCCUGCAGUUGGCCCAAACCAGGAAGUGUCCUGGGGGUCCUGCCUCCCCCAACGCCGCCAAGCGACUCUACAGGAACCUAUCAGAGAAGCUGAAGGGAAGCUCCUCCUCCUCGUUCGAGGAUGCAUAUUUCUUUGGACGCUCAGACCGCUUUCGCAAAGCCUCAACUGUGCCGGGCAGUGAGUGUGUGUUUGAGGCUGUGGAGCAGCAGGAUCUAGAUGCAGUGCAGAUCCUGCUGUACCAGUACAGCACUGAGGAGCUGGAUCUGAACACGCCCAACAGCCAGGGCCUAACACCACUGGACAUCGCUGUCAUGACCAACAACACGCCCAUCGCAAAGCUGCUGCUCAAGGCUGGAGGCAAGGAGAGUCCACACUUCGUGAAUGAGGAGAGCCGGGAAGCCCACCUGAGCCGGCUAGUGGUGGAGGCAGAGCGGAGGGCAGGGGAGCUGGCCGCCCAGCCCCACAGAGAGGCCCUGAGCCUGGACGCCUGCAGCAAGGACAAGGCCCUGCGAGCCUGGGAGUGGAGGAGCCGGCUUUACAAGCGCAUGAGGACCGGCUUCCAGCACGCGCGUGUGCCCGAGGCUCCUUCCAUGGUUCGUCUGAGCGUGACCAGCAGCUCCUCUCUGACCGUCUCCUUCCAGGAACCGCACUGCCUCAACUCCACGGUGGUCACCAAGUACAGAGUGGAGUGGAGCUGCCUGAAGGACUUCUCCUUGCUGGCUGGAGAGAUGGUGGUGGACAGCCUGCAGUCACUUAGAUGCGCCAUCAGCAACCUCACCACGGGGAGGCUCUACCAUGUCCGCGUGUCAGCCUACAACAUGAAGGGUUGGGGACCUCCUCAAUGCUCCCUACCCCCCUGUGCCUCGCCCUCCAAUUGGCGGGAGAGUGACGGCCGUGAGCCCAGGAGGCGGGGCCAUAUUGAGACAAUGGAGCGCCUGCUACAACAGGUCCGUGCCACGCACACACACUACUGCUGUGGAGACCCCUCUAAGCUUCAGAACCCUAGUCGUAAGCAGUCUGUCUCCAGGAGUCUCAAGCACCUGUUUUAUUCCUCAAACAAGUUUGUCAAGACCCUGAAAAGGGGGGUGUACCUUGCGGCAGUGUUCUAUCACAAGGACAGUCUUCUGGUGACAUCAGAAGACCAGCUACCAAUUGUGGAGGUGGACGACUCCUACAGCUCUUCUCUCAUGCAGGACUUCAUGUGGUUUACGAAGUUGUCAUGUAUGUGGGAGGAUGUGCGCUGGCUCAGACAGAGCAUGUCUGUCUCCAUGUCCUCCUCUUCAACCCUGCAGGCCAGACACAAAAUACUAACUGCUGCUGGACAGCUGCAGAACCUGCUGGGGACUCACAACCUGGGCCGGGCCCACUACGAACCCAUCAAGGAUCGUCAUGGUAACGUGCUGCUCGUGACGAUCCGCGAGGUGGAGAGCCAGUUCUCGUUUUACAGCGGGAAGUGGAUGCAGGUGACCAAGCUGCAGAGCCAGAGGAAGUCCCUGUCAACGCCCGAGGAGCCCUACGCCCUAGACAUACUGCUCAUCACCAUACAGGACAUCCUGUCCUACCAGAAGCGUAGCCAGCACAGACUGGCUCCCGGCCUGUACGUGGGCUACUUGAAGCUGAGCAGCUCCGUGGACCAGAUCCGGGUGCUGGUGCCCCAGAAGAUGCCCUCCAUGCUGUGCCACGCCCGCGUCAGGGACAACGCCAACGUGUCCAGAGAAGAAUGGGACUGGCUCCAGGGCCUGUGUGUCCCCGAGGAGGGCGAGAGGGAGGGGACGGAGGGAGAGAAGGAAGGGACGGAGGGAGAGAGGGAGGGACUGGAGAACAUGCCAGAGAACCCCAGUCCUCUGCUCUACUACGAGCUCCAGACUGCCCUGAAGACCCUGCUCAAACACAUCAACCUGCCUCUGGCCCAGGCCAGGCCGUUCCGUGUGUACAGCCAGGAGGUGCUGGAGCUGGGACAUGGUGUGUCCUUCCUCCUGCUGCUUCCUGGGGCCGACGCCGUGUGCACGGCCCCUGGGCAGAGCAACCCCUACACUCCCCUCUCUGGAUUCCUGCACCUGCCCCUACAGAUGUUUGAGCUGGUCCAUUUCUGUGCAUACCAGGAGAAGGCUGUAAGUCUGUACUGCCGUCUGUCGUCUGUCCUGGAGCUGGAUGCUCUUAUUACCCAGCAGGCUUUGCGGGAGGCCAUUACAGACCCGGAAGUUGCCACCGCCAAGCAGAGACACCAGCAUAUCCUUGACUACAUACAGCAGAUGGAUGAGAUGUGGCGAGAGCUGCGCUGGAUCACUGACGCCCUGCAGUGCGCCCGCGACCGCCAGCCCCGAGGCGGGGUGCCCCUUUCCUGCCUGCUGGACCCCAACUCCCAGGACCCGGACGCCAACGCCAAGACAGACUCCACCUCGUCCACCAUGGACUACCUGCCCACGCCCUCGCCCUCCCCAGAGCUCCGCAGAUGCAAGGCUGUCAGCGACUCCCAGCUGGGCUCAGAUGAAGACGCCUUCUCGGAAGUCUUCCUGCCCACGGACAGUGACUACGACUCCAGCGAGGCCUUGAGCCCUCGUGACCCCCCCGACCUCUACUCCCCCCCCCAGGGCCUGUCUCAGCAGGCCAUGUACGCCCUGGGGGGAAGCGCCCCUGACGUGCUCCAGAUCCACGAACUCAGGUACAGUGUGUGCUCGCCCGCUGACCUCCCCCUCUCCCCCUCCCUCUCCAAAGACCUUCCAAUCUCCCCGUCCCUCUCCAGAGACUACCCGCUCUCCCCCCUCCUCCCCCUCUCCCCGGGCCUCAGCGACACCACCAGGACCCUGGAGGGUCUCUCGCUGUCCAGGGACAAGCCAGCCCCCAGCACCCCCCUCCGGGCCCUGGCCAACCCCCCCUCUAAGAGGAAGCUGCUGUCCCGGGGCCACGGGGCUGGGGGCCAGGGGGGAUACUUCUUCAGUGGGCCCCAGCGCUGGCUCAGGGGCCACAGUGACAGCCUGGGGGGUCCCCUGUCUGAGGGGGUAUACACCCGGCAGAGGGACCAGGACCUGCCCUUCACGCUGGCCCAGCCUGGAGACCUCCCCUCCCCCCAGCCCCUGUCUCCCCUGCCCUCCCCCCAGCUGUCCCUGUCCAGCCAGGCCAGCAGCGUGCUGGAGAGCCGGCGGGGCAGGCAGAGGGAGGCGCGGCCGCAUGUACGCAGGAUCUUUGUGGAGCCCUGCAAGGAGGCGUCCCCGCCCGGCACGGAGGGCUGGCGUUGGGCGGAGGAGGAGCUGGAGGGAGGAGAAGGAGUCGGGGUGUCGGUGGUGGUGGUGGCUGAGCCAGGGCAGGGCCAGGACGGAGGCUCUGCCCAGGAUGUGGACUCAGAUGACCAAUCAGACGCCCAGGUGUCCGAGAUCCUCAGUAGCACGCUCUAGGAUUGGGCAGUGACUUUGUAUCGGGCUCUUUGAUUGGACAGUGUUUAAGGAUGGAAGCCCAGGGUUAGAUUGUGUUGAGUGUCCGGCUCUAGGUUUGAGACCAUUUUCUCGAUAACAUUCUAGGAUUGGGCGAAAAUGGGCCUUCAGAUUGGACAUUGGGAUAGCAUGGUUCCACUGAGCCCUAUUGUUGUAUUUGAACUGCAGCCUUGAACUGCAAUGUAUUUUUGUGUGCGCUUGUCUCUCUAUCUCUGUCCCUCUUUCUCUCUCUCCCCCUCCCUUUUCCUACCUCUCUUUGUCCACUUCUCAGUAGCCAUGCUGACCAGACAAGCCAGACUGAGAUCAGCAGAACGAGAGUUGCAGGUCAACUCAGACCCAUGGCAACGACUGUUAAAACUAAGCGACUCAAACCAUGCAAUGACAAGCCAAACGCUUCACAGCACCUCUGUACUUGAAUCCGUGUUCAACACAGCAUGUCCGUCCACAGCAGCACAGCUUAGUUCCACUCAGAGGGGCUUAAUGUCCAUUCACGGAGAGAGUCAUCCACAAAGCAAUCAUCAAAAACACGGCUGGAGCAUGGAGUUCCCCAGCUGAAGCUUUAGGAGAGCCAUUCUCUUUUUCCUUUCUCACUUCUCCCGUGGCGUGACCUUGUAGGUGUGGUGUUCACGGCGGUGCCACCCUUAGAUGUUGUCGAGCUAAAAAGUUACAGUGUCUUUAGAAACAUUCCCAGGGCUGGUGGGACGGGCAUGGUUAGGGUUAAAGGCAUGGUUAGGGUUAAAGGCAUGGUUAGGGUUAAAGGCAUGGUUUGGGUUAAAGGCAUGGUUUGGGUUAAAGGCAUGGUUUGGGUUAAAGGCCCUCUCGGCUCUCAUGGUGAAUGUAAUGUUUCCACUUCUGUCUCUGUCGCAGUGCUCCCAGGUUUCACACACAGCAACGUUUCUCAAAGCUGCUGAUGUUCUCCUCAAACAACGUUUCUUGAAUGUUUUUUGUGUGAGAUGAUACAACCUCCUGCCCCUCACAGCCUCCACCAUGAGAGGCUUAUACCUCCCUCCUUGUGUUCCUGCAUACAGUAUUUUUAUACUCUGUGUUUUAAAAAUGACUUGCUAUUUCACAUUGAAUGUCCACCGUAAGUCCUGUAAGGAGUCAAAUGAAAGUGUUAUUUUUGUGUUUUCUUUUGUCUGCAUGAUCUUGUUGUGUACCAGUGUGGACUAACGCUGUGUCCACUUUGUGCCUAACCGUGUCUCGCAUGACAAGGUCAAAGAUUGGGGUCAGGGGUCGGCUUGGAAGGGCAUGAUGACCGUGCAGCAUGAGUCUUUCUCGACAGUGGGUUUUGGUGUGUCGUUAAUACUGCAGUAUCAAACAUCAGACGUCUUCUAUCGUCAGGAACAUUCAGCUCUUAUCAGUCACAGUCAGACUGUACCCAGGAACAGUAUUAGCUGGAGGUCUGAGAGGUCAGCUAAUGAUGGUGCUCAUAUUUGAGCCACACAGACCACAGAUUGCACUUUGAACCUGUUAGUAUUUUUUUAUUUAGAACAUAAUGUCUUUCAUAUGCUACAACUGAAAAAGAAAUAAAUGUAACUAAGCCAAUAGCGUGAUGGUGAAUGAAUUGGUCUUUUAGAUGAAUUGUUUAACUUGAACUUGGAGCUAAAUUUUGCUGCAAACUGGCACAUAUCUCACGGCAGUACAACAGUACAGGCUUCAAAGGGUGGUAGGAUUUGAACAGAUUGCUUGUUUGCACUUAAUUUAGGAAUGAAAGCUGACUUGAAAUUCAAUGCACCGAUAAAUGGCAGCUUUCCAUUGAUAUUGAUUGUACAAGGACUCCAAGUUGGUUACUAUAAUCGUAAAGUUUUGGCGUUAUAUAUAUUUUUUAUACAGGAUGGUGUAUUUGUAUUGAAAGGUCAAAGGUCAAUCCACUUGCCUCAAUUUGUGAAUCCUGUCUUAGUUUAGUUCAUUAAAAGUGAUGUAGGCGUCAACCACUCCAUCAAAUACCAAAUGCACUAAUGUUGUCUUAAAUGUCGAGGUCCAUCAAUCUCGAGCACAGCUGCCUGCACCUCUUGAUAUAGAAACUUUAUGUUUUCAUGUAUUUAUUUGGUUAUCUGUUUAGAACCGCUGUUUCAGAACCAUGGUUCAGUCUGAACCACAACAUUGUAGCUACUGUAGCUGUGUUAAGGAAUACAGAAACAUGAGUACCAUCAGACAAUCUGUAUAUAUUUUAAUUACUUUGUCAAUAAUAUAAACAAACUUACAAAGCAUCGAAUAGAUACUUUCUUGAAUGAAAAUUACAACUUGUGUUUGUGUGUGUGUGGGGGGGGUGGGGGACACAAUUUGUGAUGAUGCAAGCUCUGAGGUCACAUGGCCAGGUGUGCUCUACCGUUUAAAAUAAACCUGCUCCUAUAUGGAUGUUGUGUACCAAA